CCGAACCGUAUAAAACACCAGCGUCGCACAUUCGGAGCGACAUUUGUGUGCGAGACGCGUCCCCAAACGCGAAACCUUAUAACUGAAAACUUUUGCUAAAACAUUGAAUGAAAAAACCCAAAAACAAAAUACGAAACAAACAGACAGCGUGACAAACAAAAUUCGCAGAAUGGCACUAAUGUUCAAUUGCAAUUGCAAUUAUAUUUACUUGCUAAUAUGCCUGCUGACUGUGUUCGCUUGGCAGCUGUGUGCUGCCAGGCAGAUGCCGUUGCCAGCCAAUGUCGCUGCGGUUGCCAGUGCAGCACCGACAACAACAACUGCAGCAACACGAGCCCAGCAACAGCAGCAGCAGCAACAACAACAACAACGGUAUCACGCAUCGUACGAUAAUCAUGAUAAUGACGAUGACGACAUGAAUAGCGAUGCAUCCUUGCCGUCGGUCCGCAGGCGACGACAAGUCUCCGAUUGGUUUAUAGCACCAAACACACGCUGGUGCGGUCGCGGCAACACAGCAAAUGGCACAUAUAAUGCAUUGGGCGGUGCAUCGAUGGCCGACAAAUGCUGUCGCACGCAUGACCAUUGCAAGUUCUACAUAGCGGCCAUGUCCAAUCAGUAUGAGCUGUUCAAUUAUCGACCUUAUACAUUGUCGCACUGCAGCUGCGAUCGUCGCUUUCGCACAUGCCUCAAGAUGGCCAGGGACGAGGAUGCCAUCACCAUUGGCAAGCUAUUCUUCAAUGUGGUGCAGACGCAGUGCUUUGUCCUCAAGACGGAGUCAAUUUGCCAGCAGCGCGGCGAGUCGAACAAUUGCCUCAAGACAAUUGAGCGCCGCAAAGCCUAUCUCAGGGAAAAUAAAAAGUUUUAGACGCCAGAGCAGUUUAUUUAACCAAAGCCUGUUUUUCUGGCUGCGUCCCAUUUGCGAAUACCUGCCAAUUAAGCAUGAACAACAAAAACAGCAAAAAGACAUUGCCAUGUUUUGUUUGAAAACUAAUGGCGAAACUAAAACUCAAAGCAAGGAUGAACGACUCUAAGCAGGCAUAAUCAUUGCAGAGCAUUAAUCGCGUACUUAGAUGCAUAUACUCUAUAUACUCGAAUAUUAUAAAAUGCCAGACAUAUUGAUGUAUUUAGGACGCAUACUUUCCUAUACGUACAGACAUACAGACAUAUAUAUACAUAAAUGUUCUUAUUCAAGUGCUAUUAUACUGCCUAGUAUAUAAUAUAAAUACAUAUUAAGUUUUUUGUAGUCGUAGUCUUAGUCGUAGUUUAAAACAUACAAUCCAUAGGCUGCCCUUGAAACAAAGUUUUAAAUAGUUUGUAGCUAACACAUAGCCGGUCUAGCCGUUAUUAUGCAUAUACAUAUAUAUAUAUAUAUUAUACAUAUAUACAAAAAUAUAUCCGGGAUUAUAACAAAAUUGUGCCCCUAUUAUUUAUUACUUGUUGAGGCAUAUUUCUACAUACGUCAAAUCAGUUGUUGCCUUGAUUGAAUCAUGUAUAAUCGCUAGCAUAAUCUUGUAUUCGUAGCAAUUUUACAGAAAUCAAUAAAACGAAAGUGAUUCAAAAAUCCUAUUAAAAUGUCUCUCUCAGAAAGUAAAAAUAAAAAAUCCCAACAUUUGGAAUAUUGUACUUUAAA